GCGAUCGUCCUAGCGCCCAGCCCACGCGUUGCAAUCACGAGCCCUUGCGCGGCCGUCCGAAUGAUGGCCGAUGAUGACGCAAGCCCGCAGUCCCGCGCCGUGAAGCAGCAGAAACGCGAGGCGGUUGCAGCAGCACGCCGCACCACCGCAGCGGAGCUGACGCUCUCCGGCGAGGAGGUGGAGGCGCUCACAGCGGCGAGCAAGAGUCUUGAUCCGUGCUGGCGCGAGGGAGCAGCAGAGGACUGCCCUACGGCCCUGAAGAGCGUCUUCACGCAGCAGCCGAUUGACUUCUUCGCGGCUCUCCGCAACCCGCAGGAGGAUCCCGACCCCGCGGUCUGGAUCGGUGUGCGCAAGACUUGGCCGGUGCUGGCCGAGCGGAGCGAUGACGACCUGCUCGCGGCGCUGCAGCCGAUCAAGGACGUUCGGGUCGACAAGCGCUCGCUCUGAGCGGCGGCGGGGCGCUCCGUUCGCUCCACUUUCAUGGCGCAUGGUCCAUAAAGGUAGGCUUGCCACUCAGAGACGAGUCGAUCUCUUCUCUCCCCGGCUGGUGUGUUGGCAUUCACUUCCGGUUCAUGUGCAUGUGAAUGUGUCGCAUGUGACGCAAGUGCUUCUUUUUCUCGGAGCUACAGGCCUAGGCUGCCCUGUGUGGAAAUACCGCCAAAAAAACCAAUCAACGGCUCC